UUCAAAAUGAAUAAAGACAUUAAGAUCGCCAAGAAGCUAACUCUUCCUCCCAAACCUCCCAGUCGCUUUGAAUCAGUACUUAAGAUCAGUGAUCAAGGAAUAUAUGGAAAAUAUUUAAGCAAAGUUGCUUCAGGAGUAACUGAAAAGACUACAGUCACUAGUGGCUUUACUGUGGUUAAAUAAUGAAAUGUCAGCUCCUGUCAUUCCAGCUAAGGCUCAGAGAAGAAGAGUCAGUCAACCGUUAUUCUUGAAUAAAGCUAGAUCUACUACGAGUAGUGAAAUUAAAUCUACAAAUGAUCAAAGAAUCCAAAGUUUACUUGAGAAGUUCAGAAAGGAUCACAAAAGGAAUACAAGGAGAUCUUUGGAUAUUAAUACAAGGAGAAAGCUCCCCACUCACAGAAGCCUCUCUGACUUGAAAACUAGUCUUCCUCGAAAAUUAGUUAAAAAUAGUAGUAUUGUUGUUUCAGGAGAUAUAACCGCGCGUAUACGAGGAAAAGUUCUAUUUGACCCUACCCAGAAAAAUUCUCAUAAAAGAAGUUCGACAACUCCAAGAGCUAUCAGCAAGUCUAAACUAGCAAAAAGGAAGGAUAAUUGAGGCUGAAUCAUUUUCUAAACUAUCCUCAUUUUGUACCUCUCAAAGAGUGGUCGCCACAAAGAGACGUUACUCAUUAUGGCCAGGUUCGUCAGCUAAUAAUG